AUGAGCACUGACGACUGCGCAGCUUGGAUGGAUGAGUUACGCAGCCACUGCUGUGCGUGCACUGACACUGCUGCCUCACCAGCAGUGACGCUUGACAGUAGGUGAGACGAAGGCGCGGUCGAAUACGCCGCCGCUGGAGCAGGGGUAACUCUCAAAGCGUGGAGCGAAAAUAUUCUUGGAAACCUCUAUGCACCAACGCUGGACGUGAUGUACCUCAGUUUAUCUGUCGGCACCAUCAACUACUUUCUGAACAAUGGCACCUUCCUGCGCCCUCCCCGCCCGGCGCUUCGCUGGUCCCAGUACCGACGCGCGUUGUCACCCACAGAGUUCCCUGACCACAGCUGGUACGAUACCUGCCUGCUAGAUCUCGUGCUACUCUCGCAGUGGUGCACUAACGCGCAGUUCUUUGCCACUGUUCACUGGAAGACAUCUUGUGGCACGCGCCGUUUGCAGUGUUGUGAUGAUACCACCGCUGCCCUCGGCAACACGGGCGCCGUGCGAUGUCCGUUGCACCUCUCUGACGAGUUGUGCGGUGCGCUGGGUGCUGUAGACCGCCGCUUUAGGCUUAGCGUUGAUGCGUUCCAGCGCGAGUACGAGGCGCUGAACACACCGGUGGUGCUCACCGGCUGCGUUGAGGACUGGUCUGCGCGUGGCCCAUGGCAGAACAUACAGUUCUUGCGCCGCUUUGCCUCGUUGACGCUCAAGGCGAACGGCGGGGGACGGCUGAUGGUCGCCGCUUUCGCAUGUCGGCGGGACUACUUUGUCUAUGAAGUCGCCACCAAUGCCUAGAGGCCGAUGUUCGUGUUUGACAAGAAGGUGCUGACAAGCUGCACUGCGCUGCGGGCAGACUACGCAAUUCCGCCCUACUUUAGGGAGGAUUUCUUCUCCUAUAGGAUCGAGGAGGAUCGCCCGCACUACCACUGGCUCCUCGUCGGCCCCGACGACAGCGGCAGUUCCUUCCGCACAGAUCCGCAUGGGACAUCUGCGUGGAAUGCUGUGCUAAGCGGGUGGCGUUUUACCCCUCUGCACGCCGUGCCGCUGGGUGUGAAGGAGAAGUGGAUCCACAGCGACUACUAGGCGGUGGAGCCGUGCCUGCGAUGGUACUACAUGAGAGGCGGCUCAAUGCCGAGCGGCUCGGCGGUGCGCGGCACUUUCAACAAGGAGCACGUCGGCGAGGCCCAUCCUGGUGAUGUAGGUGAGCUGCUGCCUGUCGAGGCUCUAGCGUUCCUCGGCGAUCUUGUGUGCAUUCCAAGUGGCUGAUGGCACCAAGUGCUCAACAUUGGCAACACGGUGGCUGUGACGCACAACUUUUGCGUCCAUCUUACCUUUCCUCGUGUUGUGGCCGACAUGAACGCUUAUGCAGAUCGCACAGUGCUGAAGAACUUUCAGUGUGCGCUGCGGCGUGCAGGACGUGACGAGUUGGCGAUGCAGCUGCGUACCCCAAGCGCAUAGUACGGCGUGGAUGUGUGUGUAUUGUCUCUGCUGCGGUGCGUGGUGGGAUGA